UAGCGAUAAAACCUAGCCGCCCAAAAACGACAUGUCCAGCUGAGAAAGGAACAGAGACAGUAGACCAGCAGAGCGCGAGAGACACUUUCCGAUGGCGGUGACUAGUAUGGGCAUUGCAUUGCCAAAUCAACCAGCUUUUCUAGUUAGGGAAAAUCGACCAAAAUUUAGGGUUUUUACUGUGAGAUGCUCCUCCUCUGGUUCCUCUCAGGCUCCCACCGUUGGUCUGGCUGAAAGACCUUGGAAAACUUCUGAUGCUAGACUUGUGCUUGAAGACGGUUCAAUCUGGAGGGCCAAGUCCUUCGGUGCUUCAGGAACCCAAGUUGGUGAAGUGGUAUUCAACACAUCUCUAACGGGGUAUCAAGAAAUUCUAACGGACCCUAGUUAUGCAGGCCAGUUUGUCCUGAUGACAAACCCACAUAUUGGAAACACUGGUGUAAAUUUUGAUGAUGAAGAAUCGAAACAGUGUUUUCUUGCUGGUCUUGUGAUUAGAAGCUUGAGUAUCAGUACUUCCAAUUGGAGAUGCACCAAUACACUCGGUGAAUAUUUAGCUGAAAGAAAUAUUAUGGGAAUAUAUGAUGUCGAUACACGUGCAAUUACCCGCAGAUUAAGACAUGAUGGAAGCCUCAUCGGUGUUUUGAGCACAGAAAAAUCAAAAACGGAUGAGGAACUUUUGGAGAUGUCCCGUUCAUGGGACAUUGUUGGUGUUGAUUUAAUAAGUGAUGUUUCAUGCAAUGCCCCUUAUGAAUGGGUUGAUAAAACAAAGUCAGAUUGGGAUUUCAACUCUGAUGGAAGAAAUGGAAAGACUUACCAUGUUGUUGCUUAUGAUUUUGGGAUCAAGCAUAAUAUCCUAAGGCGAUUGACAUCCUAUGGCUGCAAAAUAACAGUGGUGCCUUCAAAAUGGCCAGCAUCAGAAACUCUUAAAAUGAAGCCGGAUGGAGUUCUUUUUAGUAAUGGCCCUGGAGACCCAUCGGCAGUUCCUUAUGCAGUUGAAACAGUCAAAGAAUUAUUGGGAAAUGUACCUGUUUAUGGAAUUUGUAUGGGUCAUCAGUUGCUCGGCCAGGCAUUAGGUGGUAGAACUUUUAAGAUGAAGUUUGGUCACCACGGAGGAAACCAUCCAGUUCGUAACCUUAGAAAAAAUCGUGUUGAGAUUAGUGCCCAGAAUCACAACUAUGCAGUUGACCCUGCAUCACUUCCUGAGGGUGUAGAAGUUACUCAUGUCAAUCUUAACGAUGGAAGUUGUGCUGGUCUUGCAUAUGCUCGCCUAAACGUCAUGUCACUGCAGUACCAUCCUGAAGCAUCCCCUGGACCUCAUGAUUCAGAUUGUGCUUUUAUGGAUUUCAUAGAGCUAAUGCAGCCAGCCAAACAAAAUGCUUGAGCAGAAUCUGCACCAAUCCGUGUGUAAAAAUGAAAUUUCACCGCUGGUGCUGAAAAGCCUGAAAUAGAUAUAUGAGCUACAUCUCAAGGGCUGAUGUCUGGUAAUAUUUGGCAAGGGUGGUGAGAGUAUUUAUGCUAAAUUUGCUGUUUUUUGUUCUUUUUUUCUUGGUGAAAUAGUUUAGGUUAUUUAAAAGUUUGCUGCCUUUGUGAAAAGGUGAAUAUUAUAUGUCCAAUGUAGUUUGACUCAAGUAUUGUACUAUUUAGGUAUACUUGGAUAGACCAGUUUAUCAUGAUUGCAAGUCUUGAAUCCAUGUACUACGCAUUCAAGGAGGCUGAAGAGCAUAUAUAACUUACCAUAUUGCUCUA